AUGGCUGACAAAAGCCAAGAUGUGUCGACGACAGUGGAGUCGCAAUCCCAUGGGACAAUGAACUUUGUGGAGAAGCGAAAACGCCAUUUCGGACCAAGGAUGAUCUUCAGCGUCAUCAUCAUGUGCAUGGGGACCCUCACUUACUCCUACGGCGCCGGGGUCAUCGCGACCACUAUUGGACAGCCGUCCUUCUACGCCUACAUGAAGCUUGACAGCGGCUCUCAAACAUCUGCGAUCAUUGGUGCCACUACAGCGCUUUACUAUGCCGGCGGUAUCUUCGGUGCCUUUUGCGCCAACUUCGUCGCCGACCGCUGGGGACGGAAGGCAUCCAUCUACACUGGCGCCCUCACUUCGCUUGCUGCGGCCGCGCUCUGCGCCGGCUCCGUUCACAUUGCCAUGUUCAUCGUCUUCCGGUUUAUGUACGGCGUCGGAGGCUUCAUGCUGUUGAUGACCGUCCCUCUGUGGAUCACCGAGGUCGUGCCAGCAGAGGUUCGCGGGGCAUUCGCUCAGUGCCACGGAGUGUGCACCUCUCUUGGGUACUUCCUCUCCAGCUACGUCGGAGUAGGAUUCUAUACGAACGGCUCCGUCAAAGGGCUCAAUUCUUGGCGAGGUCCUCUGGCGAUCGGGGCGCUUCCUCCCAUCCUCUUCCUUUGCGGGCUGUGGUGGGUGCCUGAGUCGCCUCGGUUUCUCCUGCUGAAAGAACGCACCGGCAAAGCCUGGGAGAUUGUGCGCAAAUUCCACACAACGCCAGGGGACGCAGACCACCGCUACGCAGAGAUUGAGAUGUUUCAAAUGAAGAACCAGAUCGAGCUGGAUCGCACUCUGCCUACAUCGUGGCUCUUCAUGUUCAAGACACCGUCGAUGCGGAGGCGCAUGUGCAUGACUGUCUUCAUCGUUUUCGCGGUCCUGUCGAGCGGUAACCUCUGCGUCGCGACCUAUGCUACGGUGAUCAUGAGCCAUUCCGGCUGGGAUCCACGGGCGCAACUGAAUAUCCAAGCUGGAAUGAUGGCGGCCGUCAUGCCCGGCAUUUUCGCUGCCAUAUUCUUCACCGAGAAACUUCGGCGCCCUACCUUGGUCAUGAUUGGUCUGCUUGGAGAAAACAUAGUACUCUCCUGUUAUACGGGAGUCGCUGCAAGCUUCAAUCUGGCCGACGCCCAACAUAAAUCCGCUCAAACAGCUUGCGUCGCCCUCCUCUACCUCUUCUCGAUGUUUUCGGCAGCCUUCACCGAAGGGCCAAUGUCGUACUGGGCCGCCGAGUUCUACCCAACUCACCUGCGCGCCCGAGGUCAAACCAUACAGGUAGUGAGUUAUGGAGCGUUCAGCAUCCUCUGGGGCCAGUCUGGACCAACUGCGAUUGCCAACCUUGGCUGGAAGUUCUUCUUGGUGUUCAUUUGCAUCACAAUCGUCACUGCGUAUAUCAUCUACAGGUAUUUCCCGGACACCCAGGGCAAGAGCCUGGAAGAGAUGGCUCUUUUGUUCGGCGACGAUGACCUAGUUGUCGUCCGCCAACGGGACAUCCAUGUCGAUGCAGAUCACCAUAUCGUUGGCACAGUGCACAAGGAUAAAGAGGGACAGGCCAUCGUGGUGAAUUUGGAGGAUAUCAACGACGCUAAAGAGACUGCGUAG